AUGGCUCUUGGUUUGAAAGACUUUGUCGAGUAUGUCGAUUAUGACAAGCAGAGCUUGUACAAAUACCACAACAAGCUUCUGACCAAGAUCUUCGGCGGUAACUCCCAAGUUGCCUGCUAUGCCCUUGCUGCCACUAUCUUCUCUCUCGGUAUGAUUCGCGACUUUAUCUUCAAGACUGCCAUCGCCGAGCAACCCACGCAUCCCGCUCUAGUCACCGACUUCAUCCAGGCCGCAGCCGUUGCUCUGUUCAUCGUUGGUAACGUCCUGGUCGUCUCUUCAACCUGGCGACUAGGCAUUACUGGCACUUUCCUCGGUGACUACUUUGGCAUUCUCAUGGACGAGAUGGUGACUGGCUUUCCCUUCAACGUGACCGGUUCUCCUAUGUACACUGGCUCUACCUGCAGCUUCCUCGCUACCGCCAUGUGGUAUGGCAAGCCUGCCGGUGUCCUGCUCACAUUGUGGGUCGAUGUUGUCUACAGGAUCGCUUUGAAGUUUGAGGACCCGUUCACUUCUGAGAUCUACGCCAAGCGUGAGCGUGAGCGUGAGCGUGAGUGUGCUGCUGGGAAAAAGUCCAACUAA